CCAGACCAGACCAGACGUGAGGGGCAGAGGAGGGACUGAGAGCCAGCAGAGUCCAGGCCGGCAGACAGAGGCCGGGAUGGCAGACUCGUGCAGGAACCUUACCUACGUGCGGGACUCGGUGGGCCCGGCCACCAGCACCCUGAUGUUUGUGGCCGGUGUGGUGGGCAACGGGCUGGCACUGGGCAUCCUGGGGGUACGGCGGCGGUCACGCCCCUCGGCAUUCGCUGUGCUGGUCACCGGACUGGCGGCCACUGACCUGCUGGGCACGUGUUUCCUGAGCCCAGCGGUGUUCGUGGCCUACGCCCGCAACAGCUCGCUGCUGGGCCUGGCCUGGGGCCGCCCGGUGCUGUGCGACGCCUUCGCCUUCGCCAUGACCUUCUUCGGCCUGGCCUCCACGCUCAUCCUGUGUGCCAUGGCUGUGGAACGCUGCCUGGCGCUCAGCCACCCCUACCUCUACGCCCAGCUGGACGGGCCCCGCUGCGCACGCCUGGCGCUGCCCGCCAUCUACGCCUUCUGCACCCUUUUCUGCUCGCUGCCCCUGCUGGGCCUGGGCCAACACCAGCAGUACUGCCCAGGCAGCUGGUGCUUCAUCCGCAUGCGCUCCGCCCAGCUGGGCGGCUGCGCCUUUUCCCUGGCCUACGCCAGCCUCGUGGCCCUGCUGGUGGCCGCCAUCGUCCUCUGCAACGGCUCCGUCACCCUCAGCCUCUGCCGCAUGUACCGCCAGCAGAGGCGCCACCAGGGCUCGCUGGUCCCCAGCCCCCGGAAGGGUGAGGACGAGGUUGACCAUCUGAUUCUGCUGGCCCUCAUGACGGGCAUCAUGGCUGUGUGCUCCCUGCCUCUCACGAUCCGCGGCUUCACCCAGGCCAUCACUCCAGACAGCAGUGAGAUGGGGGACCUGCUGGCCUUCCGUUUCAACGCCUUCAACCCCAUCCUGGACCCCUGGGUCUUCAUUCUUUUCCGCAAGGCCGUCUUCCAGCGCCUCAAGCUCUGGUUCUGCUGCCUCUGCCCCAGCCUUGUCCACGGCCACUCGCAGAAGCCCCUCUCCCAGCCUGCCUCAGGGAGGAAGGACCCAAGGGCCCCCACCACUCUGGGGAGCAAGGAGGGGAACUGGGUGCCUUUGUCAGCCUGGGGUGAGGUUCAGGGGUCACACCUGCCUUCGGCACAGCCAUCUGGCAGCACCAUGGGACCACCGUCCAAAGUGGGGUCCACGGCAGCCUGCUCCCUCUGCUGACAACGUAGGCUACCCCGUGAUCUCCUGCCCUGUCUUCCGGGAGCAGAAGCUAGAUAACCAGAGGCAUGGCUGGUGGCUGCAGAUAGGUGAGCAGAGAGACGGAUCCUGGAGCCCUGGCCUGCCAGAACCCUUGAACCCCUGAAUUCAGGGGGUGAUCAGCUGCUAUUUCUUCUCCUUCAGGGUGGCCACAACAGGCUCUGGGACAAGAGGGAGUGAGGGAGGGAACAUUUAUCCUAGAGCACAAGAACAGCUCUCUCAAAAUAACCAGUGGCCUGGCUGGCCUGGUCUGGCCGUCACUUGGCCAUCCAUCUCACUGUCUAAAUAUUUAGAAGGCAGAAAAGUUCCCAGGAGCUCCUGUGCGCUUGGAUCUGCUAGGAUUUCUGUUCCUACGCUGGUGCCCAUCCAUUCAGGGUGCCCCAGCUGCCCAUCCCAAAUCCCCAGGGGAUGAUCCUGCCCUCUCCCAGGCCACUCCAAGAGCCAGGGACUCCCUCCCUGCCUCCCCUCCCUUCUGAUUCUCCAUCAAACUUGGGAGUCCUGCGCUGCCCCAGGAGAGGCGGGAGGAAGGGAGAUGCUGCAUCGUGUGGCUUGGUAGUUGUAAGAUAUGGACUUUGCGUGCAUGGGGGUGGGGGGGCCACGGGUGUGGGCAAAUCCCAGGUACAGCCCAAGAACACAGACCUAAGUCCUUUGUCUGUCUUCAGAUAAGUAGCUGCCUCCUGACAGAGCCAACCUCACCUCAUGUGUCCUUGGAGCCCUCACAAAAAUGUCAUUCAUUCAUUCAUUCAUUCAACAAAUAGUGCACACUGACUCUGCCAGGUGCUGGGAACACAGACCAGUCUCUGUCCCAACCUGGAUUCUGCUGGGUGAUUUCUAGCCUUCCACCCAUCCCCCCAAUGGAUGCCAUCCCAUGCUCUCAGAAACCCCAGAAUCAAGGGUGCCCCGGAGUGAGCCAACUGGCAUGAAAGGAAGUGGUGCUUAGGGUGGUAGGAGGGUGAAUGGGAAAGCACCCCCCUCAGCCCCCCCCUGCUCGGCCCCACCCCCGCCAGAUCCAGUUCCUCUUUCUCACUUGCUCCUGGGUUAAAACAAUAAAUCCACACCUGGAGAAGGGUAGUGUAGGCAAGGCCAGAGCCUUCUACAGCAGCUAACAUCAGCGAGUCCUCCUUCAUACGAGGUGCCCCCUCUUACUCCAGCCUAUUAUUAGAGCCUUUCUACAGGUGUGGAAAUCCAGGCCCAGAGGGGGCAAUCACCAGCCCUGGGUCACACAGCAAGAAGAAAGCACGCACAGCCUGGGGUGGAGCUGGUCUAUCUCUGGAGCCCAGCAACUUGUUGGGCCGGUGACUGCCUCUCUGUACCUUGGCUUCCUUUUACGUAGAAGGGCGAUCAUAACCUAGUACUUAGCUUACAAGGUUAUGCUGAGGAUGAAGUGAUUCCCCCUGAAAAGCAAUUUAGCACAAGGUCUGGAGUACAGCCUGCAGUAAACACUGCUGUUAUUGCCACUGGCCUUAUCUUUUGCUAUCUGGGCAAAUGUGGCUUGACAACAAAGCAAUGCUUUGCUCCAUUGUUUUGACUAUUUUUCAGUUACUAUGUUUCAAAUCACAUUAAAGAAGAACAAGGGGUGUCUGGGAGAGUUAAAAAUCUGUCAAGAUGACAACCAAAUGGGUUCAGUGUUUCCUUUAGGGGUGAAGAAAACGUUCUGGAACUAGACAGUGAUGGUUUCAUAACAUCGUGAAUGUAC